GCUUGAAGUAGAAGUAGCUAAGUCCUACAUCCGAGGAAAUACAGCUGUCUUGAGAUGCAUGGUUCCAAACUUUAUGAAAGAGUUUAUAUCCAUUACAUCAUGGUUGCAAGACUCUUCCUUCAACAUUUAUCCUACUCUCAAAGGAGAUGGGAAAUAUCAAAUGCUUCCGACUGGUGAACUUCUUGUGAGAAGACUGGAUGAUGCUGAUGUUUACCGCAGUUAUCAAUGCAGAGCCGUCAACACUUUAACUGGUCAAACCUUGCUCAGUCUUCGUCGUGUACAGCUCCAUGUUACAGAUAGCUUAAGCUCUGUCACACCACGUAUUGUGCCUUCACCAGCAGCUGUACAUGCUAAAAAAGAAGGAACUGUAGUUUUACCAUGUUUUUCUCUAGGAAAUCCACCACCUACCUAUAUCUGGAAGAAAGAAGGUGAAAAGAGAGUGGAGGCCGGAGGUAGAGUUAUUACUGCUAAUGAAGCUCUAAUAAUUCAUCGGGCAGAGCUCACUGAUUCCGGAUCUUGGACAUGUCUUGCUAAUAACACUGCUGGCCAGCAAACCAAAACCAUUUCUUUACAUAUUGGUAUUCCAUUAUCUGUUAAUCUUCAGCCCAGUAGGCAAGUAAUAAUUGAUGUUGGCAAAGCAGUUGAAAUAAAGUGUUACAUAACUGGAGGAAAAAAUCCUGUCAUCACUUGGUUUAAAGAUGCAAAGCCAGUUAUUUAUUCAACAUAUUCCUUGGGGGAAGAAGACAAGCUCAAAAUUGAAAAAGUAGGGAGAGAACAUGCAGGAAUGUAUCAGUGUUUAGUAAGAGACGAAGAUAUUUCAAUGCAAGCAACAUUUCAACUAGUUCUUGGAGCAUCUAAACCACAACUAACUUACAAGUUUAUUCAGCAAACUGUACAACCAGGCCCGGCAAUGUCACUGAAAUGUAUAGCCAUUGGAAAUCCUACACCUCAGAUAACAUGGGCAGUUGAUGCUUUUCCACUUGCAAUGAAUGAAAGAUUUCUCAUAGGCCAGUACGUUACACUGAAUGGAGAUGUUGUAAGCCAUGUAAAUAUUAGCAAUGUACGUGUGGAGGAUGGCGGAAUUUACCAAUGUAAAGCAUCUAAUAAAGUUGGUGAAACUUUUCAUAGUGCAGAAAUGCGAGUUUAUGGUGCUCCUUAUAUAAGAAAGAUACCAAACAUUUCUGCAGUUGCUGGUGAACCUCUUUAUUUACCUUGCCCUAUAGCUGGAUAUCCCAUAGAUGUCAUCACCUGGGAAAAAGAUGGGAGGAAAUUGCCAAUUAAUCGAAACCAAAGAAUUUUCCCUAAUGGCACUCUUUACAUUACAAGUGUGGGAAGAGAGCAAGAUAAAGGUAGUUACCAAUGUUCAGCUCAAAAUAAGCAGGGCAAAGCGACAUCCCAAAAUAUUAUCAUAUCAGUUAUAGUGCCUCCAAAACUAGGACCUUUCACGUUUGGGGAACUGGUGGAAGGUGUAAGGACCCAAGUACAAUGUGUUGUUCAAUCUGGUGACCCUCCAUUAACACUCACUUGGCUGAAAGAUGGUGUAGAAUUUUCAUCAGAUUUAGGUGUACAUAUUACCAAAGAUGACUUUUCGAGUACCCUGGCAAUAGGCAAAGUUGGUCUGGAGCAUUCAGGAGACUACACCUGUGUGGCGACCAAUCCUGCAAAAUCUACCAAAUUGUCAUCUAGACUUACUGUCAGCGGUAUUGUGUGGCAGUUGUGCAAAUGGAUAAUGCACUGCUCGCUAUUGCACAUGCACACUUUUGACUUUCCAACACUCAAUAUCUUCCUUAAUGGAUUCGAACACCUGCAAUUGUUGAUGUUUUUGUUUUUAUAUUGCAUAUUGAAUAUAGUUCUAAAAUUAUAAAAUUAUGGAAAUUGGGAAAAAGCUAUAAGAUAGGAAGAUUUUAGAAAAAUUAAUUCUAAUUAAAAAUCAUUGUAAAAAUUCCACUAAUGUAUUACUUUAUAAGAUGUUAGGGUAAAUUUUCAUUCUGUCAAUUGCCUGUUGCUUUCAGUUUUUCCCGAAGAUUUUAGUGUUGGUUAUGCUUAGCAGGAGAGCUUAGGUUAUCAAAAAAACUUUAUGCACUGCACAAGCACAGCACAGCUUUUCAGCUUAGGUGCACUGUGCACAUCAACUCUUUUAUUCUAUUUUGCAUGAAUGAUGUUCUAAAAACUUAUCACAUUUUUGAUAAAGCAUUUCUAAUAUUCUGUUUCCUCUGUGAUUUCAUGUUUAAAUAUUAAAGUAGACCAUUUGAAAAAUCAUAUUUACAAAAUGCAUUUACAUUAUAA